CAUGCUAUUAAGGCGAAAUUGGUAGACCUUGGUGCAUAUGUAGACGAUGAGCUUCCAGACUACAUAAUGGUGAUGGUUGCUAAUAAAAAGACACAGCAGCAGAUGACGGACGACCUUGCACUGUUUCUCGGCAAUAAUGCCGCGAAAUUCACGACUUGGUUGCAUGAAGUCCUGUACAAACUGCAGUCUGUUACCGUUGAAACAUUAAAGAGCGAGAAAAAGAAAGACAAACUUAGACCGGAAGGUGCGAGGGAUGCAAGAGACCACGAACCCAGGUCAUCUACCCACGUGGAGCAUGUAUCAUCGAAAAGGAAGGCAGAGCAGAGUGAGAGAGUUGACUCGAGCAAGACCAUCUCGAAAAAACACAAGAGAGCGGACUGGGACGAGUCAGCGAACGCGUCGAGUUCAAAGUUAACAGAGAGCUCCGUUUCGCAGACUGCCCAUCAAACAAAGUCGCCCGAUGCCCACCCGAGUACAUGUGACCAACAAGAGAAUGCUGACGCAGAUGACAGCGAAAGUCUAGAUAGCAGACCAGGAUUGCCGAAUGAGAUAGGCGAAGGAAGUCAGAGCAGAGAGCAAGCAGCAAGUAGCAAGGAGGAUUCUGAGGAGGAGCAGGAGAAGGGUGACGCAACAUCAGAAAAUGAGAACUCUGCGGAGGAGGUGGAGGUAGAGCCGGAGAAGGAGGAGAUGCUGCUAGAUGUAAAGCCUGGAGAAGGCGAACAAAUAGACUCGGAUUCCGAGGCAGAGCAAGAUUACCAACCUAUCAAGAAAAAGAUUGUCCAUGGUUGCGUCAUCAGUACUAAACAAAAGGUUCUACAAAAAGUCGUACCUUCCAAGACCAGUUCGGGUGUUCACAAACCAGGAGCCAGCACAGCGCCAUCUGUUGGUGCAACAGUGGAACGAACCGAGAGGGUGGUAGAGGUAACUCGCUCGGACUCCCGGAGAGAGAUGGAGACUAGAAGAAAUCUGUCUAGCACAAGGGGUGAUCUUCGACGACCUGCUUCGGCCGUUCAGCAUAGCGAGACAGCGAUCGGAAAGUCAGCAGAGGGAGCAGUGCCUAAGAAGCGGCAAGUUCCAGGUUCGGUGAUCGCUGGCGUGAUCAAGCGAGAAGAAGUGGUGGAAGAGGCAUACAACCCGUAUAAACCGUCCGUUGGGGCUGUGGCUAGCACGGUUAAAGUUACUCCCAGAAGAUUUUUGCCAAAGUCCCUGCAGGCUAACAAAUCGCUGCUACUGAAGGCGAUGACGGAUGCUGAGAGCUCCAUCGCUAAAGCUGUAAAACUACCCGGCCACACUACGAUGGCCGUGGAUCAGAAACACAGCAGUGUGCAUGACAGGCUGGGAGGAGCCGCUACGAAGCGACAGCAUCCAGCUCAACGCGCGGGAAAGAGCGCAGCGUUGUCGGAGAGGAUGGUCAGUAAGCAGCAGCAGCAGCUCCCGGCGCAGAAGCGGCGAGACGACCGUCAGAAGUCCGGCGUGAAAAAAACCCUGGCUAGACCGACUGUGCUGCAGAGACUGGGUCUUCCCAUGGAGAAGUCGUCGUCGACACAGACAGCGCGCGGCUUUGAAAGGCGCGCGAGCAACCAUGUUGCUGAAGUGAUCACCAUCAAGCAGGAAGUGGAAGAACCUGAAGUGUUCAUACUCUCAGAGGACGACGACGCCGAACAGGAGAGUCAAGGGGAUGCGCGGAAAGCCGGCGAGGACGAGGAGGAGGCAGUGGAGACGGAGGAGGCGGGACGUGAGAAGAUGAAGCCCUUGCUGGAAAGGUCCCCUUCUUCUGGCCCGUCUGAGGAGAGCAAGGACGUGACGUCUGGUGACGAGUUGGUUAAUGAAGAAGUUCAAACUGCAGACAUACAAGACGUUUCUGUCGGCGAGGAACUGGAUAGACGUCUCAUUCAGAUUGACAAGGACGAGGUCAACGUUAAAAAGGAAAGACGUGGAGAUGGCGAUGGCUUCUCCCUGGAGAGCACAGAGGAAGGCGAAAUCCCACAUCGGAUCGUCGAAGCCAAAGGCGACGUAGGUGUUUGCGUUGUCGUGCCGACUAACUCGAAUCCGCCGAAGUUGGUUCGAAAUCAGCUUACGCUGGAGAAGAAGCUAGAGGUCAUCUACAUGUGUGAGCAGCACGGCAUGAGCACACGCAUGAUCGCCGAGACACUCAGUUCUCAGGGCUACCGCUGCGGAAGGACGCAGAUCCAGAACAUCCUCAAGAACAGGCAGCACUGGAUCGAGGAACUGCAGAGGAACGCUCCGCUGAAUCGCAAACGCAAGGUCAGGCGGACGGGCAACGCGGAGCUGAACUCACUCAUGUACGAGUGGGUGAGGGAGACGACCGCACAGAUGCUGCCCAUGAGCGGAUCCCUGCUGCAGGAGAAGGCGAGGCAGGUAGCCGUGCAGCUCGGCCUCGACGACUUCAAGGCGUCGAACGGCUGGCUCGAGUCGUUUCGCCGACGACACAGCAUCGUCUUCGGCAAGGUGAGCGAGGAACGCGCGAGCGUGGAGGCGGCACCCUCUUACGACUGCGCUGCAAUGUUCGCCGAACUCUGCGCCGGCUACGCUCCGAGGGACAUCUACAACGUCGCCGAGACGGCGAUAUUCUUCAAGGCGACGACCGACUCGGUGCGCCACCUACAGGGCGCCGGCUGCUCGGCGGGAAAGUGGUCGAAGGCGCGCGUCACCGUGGUGCUGUGCGCAAACGCCGUCGGAGACAAGGAGACGGCGAUGGUCGUCGGGAAGGCGGAGAAACCGCGAUGCUUCGGCCGGCUGGAUCGCACCGACCUUCCCGUUGAUUAUUGCGCGAACAAGAUGGCGUGGAUGACAAGCGAGCUGUUUGAGGUGUACACGCGGAGGCUGGACGAGAAGAUGCGCGGCGAGGGCCGGCACGUGUUGAUGCUGCUCGACAACGCGCCGUGCCAUCCCGACCUGCAGCUCACCAAUAUCAAGCUGCUGUUCGUGCCCCAGAGCUCGCGCUCGGUGAUUCAGCCGAUGGAUCGCGGCAUCGUGCGCGCGCUGAAGCGGAGGUUUCGCGAGCGGCAGGUGGCGGGGGUCCUCCGGAGAGCGGAGAGCGAGGCGGGGUCGACGGCGGCGGCGGAACUCAUGAAGGCGACGGACAUUCUGCAGACGAUCUGCUUGGUGAGCAAGUCGUGGCGAGAUACGGACGCGGAGAGGAUUCGGCGGUGUUUCCUACAGUGCGGGAUCGGACACGGAUCGGACCACGGUGAGGUCGACGAGGAGGAGGGAAGCGGACGGAACGAUAUGCUGGAAGCUGCUUGCGAGAAUGCACUCGGCGUGUCACUUACGGAUCUCGUGCAAGUCGACUCGUGGUUUGCUACGACGGACAACGCUCAAGCUUGGACGGUGGAGGGGAUGCCCCUUCGAGCAGUGGAGAGCGGAGGAGGCAGCGGAGAUGGAAGUGACGAGGAAGAGGAGGACGAUACAGUGCCGCAGGAACCGGAGAUAAAUAGCCUGCACGAACUACACGAGUGUGUAGAUAAGAUAAAAGCAUUUGCGGUGCACAGGGGAUACGGUGCGAUACUGAACAAAUGCAUUGAUUUAGAAGAGACAGUCGAAGAAGUGGUACAAUCAGAGGGACAAGCGUCACAGGCAACGAUGUUUGAUCUCUUUUGAUUUCUUUAGCCGGGUUGCCGCAAAGCUGAAUCUCACAGUAUGCAAAUGAAAGUGUAAAAUAAAAAUUAUAGUAUUCAUCCGUGUAUAAUUUAA